AUGCUUAAUAUAGAGCUUUCCCUAAAAGGAAAGGCAAAGAAUAUUCCGGUCGGCGAUGAAGUGAAGGAGAAGAAGAAGAAGAGUAAAAAGACAUCGGAGAAGGAGGCGGCGGCGCCCGCAGCGGCCCCCGCAGAGGCCGCACCCGCCGCCGCACCCGCGGCCGCAGCCCCAGCCCCGGCCUCAGUCAAGUUUACUCAACAUCAGGUCCAGGAAUUCAAAGAGGCCUUUCAAAUGAUAGAUCAGGAUAAGGAUGGCUUCAUAUCAAAGAAUGAUAUCAGAGCCACUUUCGACUCUCUGGGCCGAUUGUGUACAGACGAAGAACUAACAUCAAUGAUCCAGGAGGCCCCGGGACCUAUCAAUUUCACCAUGUUCCUUACUAUUUUUGGUGACAGAACUCAAGGAACCGAUGAGGAAGAAGUGAUUCUCAAUGCGUUCGCUCAAUACGAUGAGGGCGAAGGACUCUGCAAUGAAGACACUUUAAAACACGCUUUGGUCACAUGGGGAGAGAAAUUCACCUCUAAUGAGUGUGACACCAUAUUAGCGGAGGCGCCCACUGAUGGCAAGGGAAACAUUGAUAUCAAAAAAUUCGCUCAAAUCCUAACUAAAGGCGAUGAAGAAGAGGGCGCCGGAGCCUAAAUCAUGUCCUAAAUACCAUCCAUACAUAUAUAGAGGGCAUAUAAUAGCGAAACGUUUAGCAAAUUAUAAAAGAAGCGAUUAUUUAUAUUAAACCAAACAAUAAUAAUAAUAAAUGUGAACCAAAAAGAUAUCCCUCUUUUUGAAGAAAUAAUUUUUUCGUAUUUAUUCGCAACCAAUUGUCAGUCAAUGUUUAAAUCCGAUGACCGGCUCUUCUUCUCACUCACACAUCACAAGUAAAGCAAUCGUCAGAAACACACAAAAAAGCUUUAUAUAUAUCUCUCUUUCUUUCUUCGAUAAAAAUAUUUUUUUAGUUAAUUCCCGAAUCAAUCAUUGCUUUCAAUUAUAUAUCGCUUUUAUUUGCUUUUUUCUUUUUAUUGGCAAAUCAUUUGUCUUUAGAUUUUCCUUUAUUUUAAAACUUGUGAGAGAAAUAACUGAAUAAAUGAAAUAUUAUUUGAUUUACAACUCAUUUACUUAUUUAUUAACAUUAAAUGUUUAAUUAAUUAACAGC